AUGGAUAAUGGGAAUCCUACUGAUUAUGUAUUAUUACAUAGAACAAAAUCAACACCAACAGCAGCAGAAGCAGCCGCAACAACAACAACAAAUCCGAAAAGUAUUCACAUUUACUCCACCCCUUCCCAUAGAACAGAUUCCAAUGAUAUUCAUCAUCAUCAUGCGAUGAUGGAUACUGGUUCAUACUUUCGUAUUUCAGAAGAUCAAAAAGCAGCGUUAAAGAAUAGAAAAUCUGAUUUCUGUGAUACUGUUCGUCGAUAUCUGAAUAGACAAAAUCAACAGUAUUGCUCUGACUGUCAGAUAAUCCCUGAAACUCUUCCAUAUACUAGAAAAGUUAGCGGGGUGACAAUAAACCAUGAUAAAAUGCAUAAGAGAAAAAAGUCAGUAAAUGCCAAUAAGAUCAAUCGUCGUUAUUCAACAAACUGGUAUAAUAAAGAAAAUGACAAUGAGAUAGGUCAAGCUCUUGAGACUUUACGUGAUUCAGUAUCAAGGAAACGUAAACAAUGGUUAUCAGAUCAAAUCAAUAAAUUGAAUACUGAAAGAACAACAACAAUAGGAUGUUCCCAUGAUGAUGAAAUAUAUGCUAGAGAAGAAGUAAAAGCAGAAAAUCAAGAUUUGCCUUCCUUGAUAAACACAGAAAUGUUGGACAGCGUUGAUACUGAUAAUUACAUAACAAAUACUCUAAAUGAUCAGAAUGUCAGCUUAUAUAAUUAUGAUAAAAAUCCAACAAAUAUGUGGAGAAAUUAUGCACUUUGUUCAGCAAAUACGCGAUUUCGUGAUAAUCCAGAAACUUCUCCAAGUUAUAAAAUGUACAGAAUAAUGAAUGAUGUUCAUAAGCCUUCCCUGCAUACAGAACAAUCAAAAAUGGACAGUAAUCACCAUUAUGAUAAUUUAAAUAAACAAAAACCUUCAGGACAUAAAAAAUCAACACGCUACCCAGAAUCCUAUCAAGAAAGAUAUACGAGUAAUUCACAGAUUGAAAAGAAAAUUCCAAAGAGUCAAAAAAUCAAAAAGACUAGAACAUUAUCAACACCAAUUGAAGCGGGACAAUUUAAGAAAAUCGAAGAACAAAUUAUUGAUUAUUUAACAUCAGAUAAUUGGGAAGAGCAGAAUAAAGCUACAAAUAUUAUACAAAGUUUACUGAAAACAAUGAAUGUUAAACCACUGGAAGUUAUAUUCAGUGAUAUAAAACAAAGAAGUAUAUUAAUUAAUGGGAUUGAAAAAUCUAUCAGGUGUUUACGUUCACAAGUAUGUCGUAAUGGUUUAAAUACCCUCUAUCAAUUAUGUGAUUAUUUAAAAUGUCUACAUCAAGGUUGUCUACUUGACGCCUAUUCCACAUCAAUAAUCACCACACUGUUAAGUCGAAUCAGUGAAGAUUCAAGCACAAAAUUUUUACAAAAUGAAGCAAACAGAACACUGGAAGCUUAUAUAUCUUGUAUAGAUGAAGCCUCAGCUAUCCAGUCGAUGUGUUCACAUGUCUGGGAAAACUUUUCCCGCAGUAAUAUACGUCGUAAUACAAUUGGUAAAAUGUUAACUUAUAUAUUUUGUAAUAAAUUACAAACUGGUAAAAAGAAUGCAAUGCUAUUCAAACGAUUAGGAAGUGAUGGGAUUGAGCGUUUAAUGAAAGUUGUACACCAGUUAGUAAAUGAUAAAUUAUCAGAUACAAGACAAUACGGUCGCAGAAUACUUGAACGACUCACAUUGAUAACAGACAUUGAUGAAGUUUAUAAGAAGAUACUAUCCUAUGAAAAUCAUACCUGA